ACGUCCGACCUGUCGGAAUCGGCCAACGGCUCUUCCCAGAUGGAGGAGAAUUCCUUGGAAUCUGCCAGCAGGGAAGCCUAUUUCAGCAGGGUGGAAACCUUCACCAUAUCCUUUGGGAUGCUCCCCCUUUGGGAUCCUGGAAUCUCCUCGUUCCCACAGGGAUCAAACCCUGGACCAUCCGUGUUUCCCGCAGACCGGGAGCGCUGUGCCGAGCUGAGGAGAGCCCUGAGCGCCGCCCACGAGAGGUUCUGCUUCUGGCCUGACAGCCCCUGCCCAGAGCGCUUUGCCCUGCUCCCGCUGGACGAGCCCCGAGUGCUUCUCCAGGAAUUCCUGGAGCGCUUCCAGAGCCUUUCCCGCCUGGAGCUGCAGCUCCCCUCGCUCCGGCCCGAGGAGCUCGGGAAUAUGUCGCUGUCGGAGGAGCGGAUCCGCCGGCUCCUGGAGCUCAUCCAGGACGAGCUGGAAUGCGGCCGGGAAGGGGAGAAGCCCCCCGGGAAGUUUUCCAUGGAAAGCCCGCAGGGACACGCCGUUCCCGCCUCCAUCCUGGCGCUCUGCGGCUGGAAUUGCAGGUGGGAGAAGAGCCCCUCCCCAUCCCUGUCCCGCCCCGUAUCCCGGGGUUGGGAUUCUCCCGGCUCCAUGGACCGGGGGGAGCUGGAGGUGUCCAGCCCGUCCCUCCGGAGCCGCCCGGUGACGCGGAGCAUGGGCCAGGGGGACACCAUGGAAGUGCCAUCCAGCCCCAUCCGCAGGGCCAAGCGGGCACGGCUCUGCUCCUCCGGCGGCUCGGACGCUUCCACGAGGAGCUUCUUCCACCCCAGCUCCCAGCACCGAGACUGGUGUCCGUGGGUGAGCGCCAGGGAGGGGCAGGAUUCCCUGGAGGAUGCUGCAUCCCACGGGGAGAAGGCCGGGAAGGCGGAGCCGGGCUGGAAAAUGGUGCUGGACACCCUGCUGGGCACCCGGAGGGGCGAGGCCGUGCCCGACACGGAGCCGGUGAGCCUCUCGGAGAAGUCCUGCAAGGUGUUCCGCAUUUUCCGCCAGUGGGAGAGCAUGAACUCCUCCUGAACUCCUCCUGGAUUCCUCCUGAACUCCUCCUGGAUUCCUCCUGGAUUCCUCCUGGACUCCUCCUGGAUUCCUCCUGGAUUCCUGAGCCUCUGGAACCCCCAGGGGCUCCGUGGCGGAGAGAGAGACCCUCUUCCCAGCUCCGUGCCUCGGGAAGGGGAUCCCGAGGGAGCUAUCCCGGGAUUCCCCCGUCCCCACCUGCCUUCCCCAGUUGCUGCUGUUAUCCCACGGCUCCGGAGGCUCCGGGAGCCCCCCCGGGACCGGGAUGUGCCGUUGGGAUGAGGAGGAGCCGCCGUUCCCUGCGGGGCGUCCGCGGGGUCCGGCCCUUCCCGCUGGAAGUGACUCCAGGUGGGAAUAAACAUUUCACUUUUUGGCAUUGGA